CAAAUUUGAGAAGGCGAGGUGUUUGAAUUUGGCGACUGAUAGAUGAAAAGCAGAUUGUGUUCUUACCUUUUUUCAAAUAUAGAAAGAUGACAUGUUUUUUUUCGACAAACCAAAAAUGAAAGGGCGUAGUCGUGGUGGGCCCAAUAGGUGGAUGCAGUGACGCCGGGGGACGGAAUCAGUGUCGAGAUGGAGAUCAUGGAGCCGAAACGAGGGGCGGAGACGAUCCCGGUUAUGGAGAUUCGGGACAGGGGAGCUUUCCACCCCCCAACGCUGGAGAUCGAGUCCCACCCCUCCUCCAUCCCAGAUGUGGAGUCCGCCAUCGCCGGCGCCGUGGCAACAAACACCCCAAAACCGGGGUCAGUCCCCGGCUUAUCAGCAGAGAUAUGCGGGUCGUACCCAACCGGGGACGGGCGACUACCGACCCAACAUGGACGCGAUAAACUUCCCGUCCCAAUUCCAAUCCUCCCCAUUCCAGAGCAGUCAAUCUCCGCUUGACGAAUCUGAUAGAUUCACAUGGGAACAAUUGAUGGGGUCGCCUGAUACCCCGACGCCGACGCCCGGUCGUGUAGAGAC